GUCGUCCACCUGCGUUCUCAGCCGCAGGCUUUCAUCUUCUUGGAGGCCGCAUAUUUUACUCGCCUUGUGAAUCAUUGGAAUUCUAUUUGCUUUGACCUGGCCGCUAUACCGCCUUGCAGUAUUCUACGUCCAUGCCGCGUCUACGCCUCCUCUGGACGGGCACUCGCUUUCUCGCCGUUUGCGCGGGCGCGGUCUCCGGUGGCUUCCGCACAGCAUACGCCGCCUCGUAUCAUAUCUAAAAACUUCGUUACCUCGCACGGCGAAAAGCGUUCGGAGGCGUCGGCGAAGACGGCCUUUCUGCGGACGGAGAUGGCUCAUGGUCCACGAUCACGCGAAGAGAUGAACCCGGUACCAUCUUCCACCUCAACAGAGGCCAUGCGAGGUCCGCCUAAUACCUCUCGUGAUCGAGGGCAGCAGCCUGCACAAUCUCCAUUGGGCGCGCGAGAAGUAGUAGGCAGAGCACCGACCAGGGAAGGCGAGAGGUCUACGUUAAAGGAGGAACACGCGUCACGCGUGUCUAGCGACACGGCACCACAGGACGCGGAAACGGAGAGUACGUUGGAGGGGCAUGAUCUGCCGACGGAUGUCGCGCGCAGCAACUACCCAACAUCCUCGCCGUUCGUCAGCGACCUCGUUCGCGAAUUACGCGGCCUGCUGAGAAAAAAGGGUGAGCCGACUGCCAUGAAGCGCCUCCACGCCUUCCUAGACAAAAUGCCAGACGACAAUCCCACGCGCUUCCAAGCCUUCGAGGCGACUAUGCGCAUGUUUCUGCGGGAGGGAUGCCCCAUGGCAGCGGUGACUUGCUAUACGCGCAUGACGGAGGAGGGAUUCCUCUGUUCGAUAUCCCUGCGCGCGCAGAUGAUGGUCGUUUCGUUGGUCAACCGGUUGCCUGCGCCCACGGAGUUCUUCGCAUUGUUGGAGACGUGGUUCCAGAACAAGCGUUUCGACGAGAGCGCACUUCAGGACAUGCUGUUCCUCCUGGACGACGUCAUCAGCAAGGACCCGGUCUUCGUUGAUACGGUGGCCAAGCUAUAUCUGCGCUGCAAGCCUCCUGGUUACUCCUUCUCGCGCGGGACCGUCAGCUGGCUAGUCUACGUCCAUGCGCGGGCUGGCUCCAAGGAUUCUGCGAAGGAAUGGAUUGACCCCGAGCGCCAUGCUGGCGCCAGCAGCCCGAACCCAUACACAAGCCUCCUGCGCUUCGUCGACGGCUCUUCAGGAGACGACGAGCUCUACCUCUGGAUCAUACAGCGUAUGCGGGAGUUCCAGAUCCAGCCAGACCUCCCCUUCUAUAACGCGCUCCUGUUUGCCGAGUUUGCGCGGAGGAGGUACGAGCACGCCUUCAAGAUCUAUGCGCUUCUGAAAAGCAGCGACGACCCCGCGGUCACCCCCGACGGGCUCACCUUCACGACGCUCUUCCGUGUGCAGCUCGACAUGUCCCGCCCGGAUACUCAACGGAUGCGGAGUAUGCCCGGCGCGCCAUCCCCCCGCCAACUGUAUCGUGAGAUGAUCGCCUGCCAUGUAUCGCGCACGGACAACGGCCUCGAGGGCACCCUGACGGACAGCACGCUGGUCUUAGCACUUCGUGUCUUCAUGAAGAGGCGAGACUACGCUGCUGCGUUCGUCGCGUUGAAGACCAUACAGCACUGCAAGAUGCCCAUUGACCUGGUAAUGUAUCACAGGAUUCUCGCCUUCCUGAUGCAGCGCAUCGAGCAGCAGCUGUCAUCGGUCGCGGUUCGUCGCGGUCCGCGUUCCUCCUGGUCUUACCGCUUCUUGGGCCUGGCGACUGCCCCUACGAAGCAGCGGCCAGUGUAUGAUCCCCGCGUGCUGGAUGCCGUCCUGCGAAUCGGCAUGAUACGGCGCCUCAGUCUUGAUUAUGUUGCCCCCCAGCUGGAACUUACCGACGACGACCCUCCCGAGGAACGCCCAGACUUCGAUGCGCCAGCAGGGUCAAGCACGCAUAAACAGUCGGCACCCACUCGUUCGCCCAAGCUGCCAGAGUCUUCUUUUGAUUUCGAGACGUAUACCAAGGCCUUCCGGAUACACGGCAUGCCCACCACUUUGGACGUGACAGGGACCGUGAAAUCAAAUCCACGCCGGAUCUACUCUGCAACGCCCCUCGAGCGCAUACUACGGCGCGCCAUGCUCGCGGAUCGUCCGGCUUCCAUCGUGGCGGCGAUGAAGGAUGUGAAUACAGAGCUCGCGAUGGCCAAAGAGCAGAUGCUUGGGGAUCUGAAGAACAAAUUGUCGAGGUCUUCGGCUGGGAAGCAAAAACGACGGGAUGUCGAUCGCAAUGGGUCUAAAAAGCAGGCGGACGGGGCUGCGUCGGGGCGGGCGGGCGAUAAUGCGAUUGAGGCAGACGGCUGAUCUUCUGUGGUGUCUAUACAUUAGGACGGUUCAUAUUAUUAGUGUAGAGGAAACUCUGUGGAGUUCUAGUGUUCCCUGGGAUAACGAUGUUCUGUGAUGCGGGCAAGUACGAAAGCGAUGAGGACAACAUAGACGAUUAGGGGUUGAACGUUGAACGUGUACAGGAGCAGCAAUGCCCAUGAACACGGAAGCAACUUGCAAUUCGAGGCAAACCUCUUCGACGCGCCGACUCCAGCUCACGGUCGCGCUUUCUUCUUCGUCGGCGGCGAGCGCGAUCCGUCCUCGCGCUCCCUCUUCAGGCCGGAGCCCUUGUACUUGGUUCGCGAGGACGGCGACGUGUUCUGCGCUCCAUGGUACUGCGGCACCUCGGUGAAGUUGUUCUGCGACAGCGGCGUCCGGUCGCUGAUCAAGCAGCCGCUCGCGCUCUGCACCCGCGCCAUCGGGCCCUUCUUGCGCGGCGGCGUCGA